UGUGAAGUUGAAGCCUUAAAGCUUGAAUUGAAUUGAAUUUAAUUCUAAUUUGAGUUGGGCCUUCUGUACCGCUGAAAAAGCUCAUAGAGAAAUAAUCAUUUUUGUGGGAAUAAAUCACAGAUACAAUGUACUUUGUCUGAUCUAGACAAAAGGUAGGAAUGAGUGAGCUGAGUCGUGUUCCGGAAUACAGGGAACGGAUAGAUACAGAGGAGGAGGAGGAGGAUGGGGAGUUAACCUCCGGCUCAUCUAGAGAAUCUUCUCUAGAGAGAGAGAAGAGCAGAUUGGCGUACAAUGACGCAGGAGAACGAGCUAGCGAGUAUCUUAGAUCUGUUCUGGGAACCAGUUUGAACGAGAUUUUGACCGAAUGUGCACAAACAAGGCCUGAUGAUCCUUUAGCGUUCAUUGCACAGAAGCUGGAGAAGAUUGGAAAAGAUAGGAAUACAACAGUCAACACAAGGGUAAAAAGUUCCGAUACAUUCAAGAGGUCAAUAGAUACUCCUCUUAGUCUCAGUGCAAGUGUAAACGAGGUUGAUGAGCGAAGAUUACCCCCCUCCACUGUGAGUUCUGCACCUGAGAGCAGUAAAAUACCAAAAUGGAAGGAAAUCGUCUCUGCUGCGUCUUCAGCUCCUUCAGCUAACGGGGUUUCUAGUGCUCCCAGCAGUACCUGGAGUUAUAACAGCUACCAGGCUAAUCCAACUAGACGAUCUCUUAGCUUAAACGCACUCAGAGAUGAUCAAACCGAUGGUACUCUGCCGGACACUGACAAGAAACAAAGAAAAAAGAAGAAGAAGACCCCGACGGUUGCAAUGACAGCUGAUGAUUAUAGAAAGAAACGAGGAAUCAUUCAAGUCAGAAAAACUGAGGAUGAAAAUCCGGCCGCCGCGGGUCAGAAGAAGAGCCGCAGGAAGCCUCGACCACCGUCCAUCCUAACCGACGAUUUUGAUAUCCAGAAACAUUUCGAGAGGAGCAGGAAAAUGCGCGACCAGCGUUUAGUCAAGGAGAGAUAGUUAGAUACAAACAGCUGAUGUACUGUGGGGGCGGCCAUGAAAAUUUCGCAGAACUUCUUUUGUUCCUUUCUCGUUAACCAUUUGUACUCUCAUUAUAUAAUUAAAUCGAUUCUAGAUAAAGGAUUUUGCUGCAAUUUAGUGACAUAUAAAAUAUUUAUUGCGCAUAAAAGUCCUCCAAAAAAAGAACUUUAAAAUAGUUACAAAAUUGCGUACAGGAUUGGAUAAAAAUUUCAAAUCCUUAAUUAUAGCAAUACUUACCGAUUCUUUUUAUGUAGCUUACGAUCUGAAAAUUGUUACAAUUAGAGGUUUACGGAAACUUCAAUGAUAAAAAUUUACUUUUAAACUAAUUUAUUUUAUUCCUUUUUACGGAACAAUUCAGAUUUAUUCUGGUGAUUUUAAAGAAAUAGGUAUUUUCCGGAAGUAUUGAAGGCCCCACCGGAUAUUUCCAUUUCAAAUACAUUUUUCAGCAACGGAUACUUUUUUUAAUGUACUAAAUUAGAAAAAACCACCAUAUUUGUAAACCCUUAUUUAAAAAUAACAAAAAAAAUCAAUAAAUAAACAAAACAUUGUCUCUCA